UGGCAACACUUCUGGAUUUAAAAAUGGCGACCGACUGUAUUUAAGAUGUCUGUCACCUUUCUAACUUUUAACACUUUUCUAGAAUUUGUGCUUUAAAUACAUUCCAAAAAUGAUCGACCAAGUUGAACUGAAUGAAGAAUCUCCUGAAUUAUAUGUAGAACCUGUUUCUGAAGAUCCAAUAUUUGAAGAAGUCGAUGUGCACAUUCAAGAAAACUUGGAGGAUGACUUCAUUAAAGAAGCACUUAAUUCGGGUAUGGAUCUACGUCAAUAUUCAAGACAAAUUGAAAAAGAAUUACAAGAUGUUGAAAAUGCUUCCAUUAAGGAUUAUAUAACUGAAAGUCAAAAUAUAGCUAGUUUACAUAACCAAAUUCAUGCAUGUGAUGAAAUUUUAGAAAGAAUGGAACAAAUGUUGAGAUCUUUUCAAAAUGAUCUUGGUAGUAUAAGCCAAGAAAUACUUACACUCCAACAACAAUCUGUCACCAUGAAUAUACGUUUGAAGAAUCGACAGGCAGUACGAGGUGAGCUCAGUCAAUUUGUGGAUGAAAUGAUUGUACCUGAUAUUAUGAUCAAUCAUAUUUUAGAAACACCGGUAACAGAAAAAGGAUUCUUGGAGCAGCUGUUUAUACUGGAUCACAAAAUAUCAUUCGUCAAGGAACAAGGUUUUAAAGAUGCUCGCUCCUGUCAAGACGUAAAAGACAUUUUAGAAAAAUUAAAAUUCAAGGCCAUCGUUAAGAUUAGAGAAUAUCUCCUGCAGAAAAUCUAUGCGUUUCGUAAACCCAUGACGAAUUAUCAAGUGCCGCAGAAUGCGAUGCUCAAACACAAAUUUUAUUAUCAGUUUUUAAUGACCCACGAGAGGGAAAUAGCCAGAGAAAUCCGAGACGAGUAUAUCGAUACUAUGAUGAAAAUAUAUUAUUCCUAUUUUAAGAGUUAUUCUAGUCGACUGAUGAAAUUGCAGUUUGAAGAGAUGGCCGAUAAGGAUGACCUUAUGGGUGUAGAAGAUACUGCCAAACGAGGUAUUUUUAGCUCAAAACCUUCCCUGAAGAACCGAUCGACAAUAUUCACGCUGGGAAACAGAGGAAGCGUCCUAACCACCGAUUUAGAAAGUCCAAUUAUUGUACCGCAUGCUGCACAAAAAAACGAAACCAAAUACACAUUCGAGAGCUUAUUUCGCAGCCAACACUUUGCCUUAGUCGACAAUUCCUCUAGGGAAUAUCUCUUCCUCUCCGAAUUCUUCAUGGCCGCAAAUACGGCGGCGCAGGAUUUAUUUAAUUCCGUCAUGGGUAGAACACUUACCACAUUUUUGAAACAAAUUGAUGUUUACGUACAAGACUGUUAUGAUUCCAUUGCAAUAUUUUUAUGCAUACACCUCAUUCAUCGUUACCAACUAUUGAUGCACAAAAGAGCAGUCCCCGCUCUCGAUAAAUAUUGGGAAGCCCUGCUUCAAUUAUUAUGGCCACGAUUUGAAUACAUUCUUCAAUUGAAUAUACAGAGCAUAAGAGAUUGCGAUCCUCAGAAAUUAGGUUCUAUAGACAUGAGACCUCACUACAUUACCAGAAGAUACGCAGAAUUUUCUGCGGCCAUCGUGGGCAUCAACGAGAGUUACCCAAGCGAAUGCGUGGCCCGACUACUCGCGGCUCUUCAAGGAGAGGUAGAAAAUUUUAUACUCAGGAUGGCCGCGGAAUUUCCCGAGCGUAAAGAACAAUUGAUAUUCCUGAUUAAUAAUUACGACAUGAUGCUAAGCGUACUCCUGGAAAGAACAAAAGACGAUUCUAAGGAAUCCGAAAGUUUUAAAGAAUUAUUAAAUGCCAGAACUCAGGAAUACGUGGAAGAGGUUCUAUCGCCUCAUUUCGGCGGAAUGAUAUCAUUUGUAAAAGAAUGCGAAAAAUAUCUAGAAAGAGGCAACGUCGACAUUUUGAAAAAAGAAGAGAAAAAGGUCGCCUCUCUCAUCCGAUCUUUCAAUUCUGGAUGGAAGAAGGCCAUUGAUGAUAUAAAUCAAGAUAUUAUGCGAUCUUUUACAAAUUUUAAGAAUGGCACUAAUAUACUUCAGGCAACACUGACCCAACUCAUUCAAUACUAUCAUCGAUUCCAAAAGGUUUUAUCGCAGACGCCGUUUAAAAAUCUUCCCAUUCGAAGCGAACUUUUGAACAUUCAUCAUCUAAUGGUGGAAGUCAAAAAAUACAAAUCCAGUUUUUAAGAUGACGAUGAUAAAUAUAUGUAAAUAAGAUUUCUUUGCAGAUAAUUUGUAUUAAUUUAUUGUGUGGAAAAAAAGCAUAAAACUUUUAAUAUUUGA